CGCGCCGCGCUGCGCAGCGCAGCGCAACGCAGCGCAGCGCAGCGCCGAGGAGCAGAGCGCACCGUCGCCGCACAGCGCUCCCCUAAAAACCCGCUUUGCGCAAACCAAAAACAACAACAACAACAACAACAACAAUGGGUCUGGAGAAGGAGAAGUCGGACACCAGCAUCAUCAUGGACGAGGACGAGUUCAGCAGAUCCAUCGAGCCCAUUCUGUCGAAGAAAGUGAACGUUCACGCGGCGCCGCCGGAUCGGGACCCAAACGACAUCAACGCGCACUUGAAGGUCGGGUUCGAGGACGUCAUCGCAGAGCCCAGGUCGACGCACAGCUUCGACAAGGUGUGGAUCGGAAGCCACGCGGUGUUCGAGCUGGUGAAAUACAUCUUCUACCGGCUGCUGAGCACGCUGCUGGCCGUCCCCAUGGCCUUCCUCAUGGGCCUCGUCUUCGGGGUGCUGAGCUGCGUCCACAUCUGGGUGGUGAUGCCAGCGGUCCAGAGCUUCAUGAUGGCCCUGCCGUCGAUCCAGGCCCUCUGGAGGAGUCUGACGGACAUGUUCGUAGCUCCGCUGUUCCAAAGCUUCGGCAAAAGCCUGUCUUCCAUUCAUGUCAAGACCACGCAGAACUGACGUGAGCUCCCGUAGGAAGGACUGAAGUGAAGGCCAGGGUUAAGUGAUACUUGCAGUGAAGUGCAUUAGCGAAACGUCCCAUGUUGUACAAUAACAGGUAGAAGUACCCUGUAUGAAGCAGUUACAGUCAUAACCUGCGAGGCAUUUAAAGUUGUAAAUGGCCACAAAGACACAUAACCAUGACACUAAACAAGGUCUGACAGCAUAGGGCAGCAGUUACACCAGACUCUACUGGUAAAUGCAAUGCUAGAAAAGACACCAAGCUUGACUUGUGACAGCAUUUAGUUGAACAACGCUUAAUUGUAGGAAUGUAUGCCAGACUUUCAAAAGAACUUGUGUACGCCCACAGAAUUGCAUUUAUUUUACUGUUUGUGACCAAAGUAUGCUAACUCUUCUCAUUCCAUUACGUUGUGGCUGCAAAAGAUGUAGAAUCAAUUGGAAACAAACGCAGCAGCAUUUUUGUUGUCAACACAUGGCCUAUGUUGGAUUUAAGAUGUAAUAUUUUGGCAUUUUCUGCUUUUUUCAUGUUGUAUAUAUUGUUAGCGCUCAGCUAGAGGAUGAAGGAAAUGAGCACAGUCAAAGCGGACCCUUUGCUAACGAGUAACAUAUAAAUACUAGAUGAUAUAACAUGCAGUUUACUGAAAAGGUUUGCAGGGGGGGUUGUUUUUUUUUUUUUACAGUACGCUAUUGUAACAGUGUACGACCACGGAUGUGUGUACUCGCUAGCCCUUGGCUAACGGGCCGGACCCUUUAGUUGACUAGUUAGUGCAGCCGCCCCUGGUGCGGGGAACUCAGGUUCGAUUCUCGCCUGCAGCGGCGGGUUACAUAUGCGCUCAGAGGCGUGAGGGGGGACCUGGUGUAACAGUGUACGACCACCAAUGUGUAGACUAGCUAGCCCUUGGCUAACGGGUCGUACACUGUUACACACUAGCGCCCUCCUCCGGGAAGCGUGUUCCGCCUAGCAGUGCCCCCCCUCAGGCCUCUGAGCGCGCAUAUGCGGACACCAAAGGUGGCGGGAAUUCAGGGGGCAGGCGGGAAUCGAACCUACGUUCCCUGCACCCACGGGCGACCGCGCUAACCAGUCGACUAAAGGGCCCGACCUGUUAGCCAAGGGCUAGCAAGUCUACCCAUCUAUGGUUGUACACUGUUGCACUAUCACGCCCCUGCUGUGUUUAUCUUACGCUGCAUUAGAAAUAUAGCUUGAUAUUCGCUUUUACUGUAAACCAAGUGUAAAGAACGAUAACCUCUAUGAGAGACCGUUGACAGGUGUAAACAUUUUUGGCCUUCUAAUUAAUUAUUUAUAGCUGACAGCCGGGUCUUUAUAGUUGGCAGAAAUGUAAAUUUGACCAUAGCUAUUUCAAGAGAGGCUUGGUUGACUAGCUACAUUCAGUAGGGUGUAGGACUUAUACCUUUCACAUGGUAGCUGAGGUAUUGGAUAAGCUCAGCCUGGUACAUAUUUACAUCAUUCUUGCUGUUUGCCAUAGCAAUGCUCGCCUGUGGGCCAAUGUGGUCUGGAUUACUUCCAAACCAAUACAAAUGACAUCUGACAAAUGGCAUCACUAAUAUAUCUGGUUCAGGCCCUGGCACACCUGAGACUCAGGUACUCAAAGUUACUGUACUGUUGAUCUUGUCGUUGGCUACAACACUUGCAGGGUUACUAUCUUUACAUACUUUCCAAGUCAACACAACUCGGGGGCCUUGACAAGCAGUGACACAGUUGUCACAAGCAUGACAGCACAGCCGCCGUGAGGCGUCAGUGCAGCCAAGCUUCAGAAACCUGCAGACGGAGGCAAUUGGGCUCUGGGCCUCCUCUUGCACGUAGCACUGCCAACUACAAAGCCACCAUCCUGUUAAACUGUACAAGUAUUUGGGCACCCAGGUAGCGUAGCGGUCUAUUCCGUUGCCUACCAACACGGGGAUCGCCGGUUCGAAUCCCCGUGUUACCUCCUAGUCUGCAGCCCUCCCUGAAUCAGCAGAGGGGGUGGAGCAGCGACUGGGACGGCUCGGAAGAGUGGGGUAAUUGGCCAGAUCCUACUGGGGAGAAAAAAGGGGGGAAAUUUUAAAAAAAAAACUGUACAAGUACAAGAGACGAAAGAGAGCGUUUGUCCCAGUUGCCAUCUUUGUCAAGGCCGUGAUAGAGCUGCGCACCGGGUAUAUACUUGCCGAGAUCCAACAUGUAGUCAUGUUCGUCUUGACCGAGCACUGCUAACAAGCUAAACCAGAACCCGGGCAGACGUUAAGACUGGCCCGACUGGCCACAGAGCCGCUCUCUGACCCAGCAGAAACUCCCAUACGACAGAGAUGUGUUGUUUCCAAUUGACAAUCAAACUCACAGCGGUUCUUUUUCCCUUUCCUUUCUUUAUAUUCUUUCACUGAUGUUUGAUUGUCUGUACUUAAUUUAUUCAGUCCUGAAUGGGGAAUUUGGGGGUUGGGUUAUGCCAUGAAACACACAGGUGUUUCGACUCGAGCUUGUCUUGUAUUCGCCGUAACGUAGCAACCGUCUUCAUCCUGAACUUUCGCUCAGCAUCUCAUCCUAAAGAGCUCAGCUCCAAAUCAUAUGACCCGUUUCUGCAGGAAUGCCUAAUGUUGAUGAGUCACUAUGCAAAAGACUGUGUAAAACUGGUCUCAUGUUGUAAACCACAGUACUGGCCUUUCUAUAUGACCGUGAUUAGCUCUUAUUUUCUGUCAUCGGUGACUUUUUAAAGAAGAGGCGUUGCUUAUUUUCAGACCAAUUAACACCGAUGGCAGUGGAUAUUUUGUAUCGGGGCAAAUUCCUCGCAUUAACAAACCAAAAGUAUUCUUCUUGACUUAAAUAAAAAGUAAAACAAAAAAUUC